GAAAAAAACAAUGGAAAGAAAUUCAAUCCAGAGCGAAAGUUCCUUAUUUAAUAACUUUGAAAAUAAUGAAUUCGCGUCCAACAAUUCUAUCCUUCUAGAAUUAGAAGAAGAUGGAUAUAUUACUCCUAAUGAAAAAGUGGAAGUACUUACUAAAGAUUUAACUAAAUUAAAAUAUCUCUUUGCUCUUAAACUACUUUUCGAAAAUCCACUAAACCAGUUUUUACCUGAAGUUCUUCGCAAUUCUUUAAUUUCAUUUGCAGAUCCAACAUCUUUUGAUUAUUAUGAAAAACGGAGUGUUGCUAGAUUAGAGUUACACAUACGUACCUGGGUGGCAGUAUUGGAAAAAAUUUGUGUUACGCCAAUGCGUUUAAGUAAAGAACUUCGAGAUAAAGUUUAUAAUUCUUUAGCAAAAUUUGCAGAUAUUCAUAAAAAAACAACUCAAGUAAUGCAAGAAGGAAUUUAUAAUAAUUAUAGAUCUAGUUUCAACCAAUUCAAUCGAUUACAGCAGCAUGAUAAAGAUGAUGAAAAUUUUGUUAAUAAGCGAAAUUAUAAUAUUGACUUCUUAUUAAUUCAUUUGCGAGAUACUUUACAUAGUUUGCGUGAUGAUGAAACUUGGUUUCAAGAAAUUGUACGAAGAACUAAAGAUUUACUUAAAGCUGCAUUAAAUAUUACACCCGGUGUUUUAUCAAUGGCAACGGGUGUUACUCUUCCAAAUGAUAAUUGUUCAACUUUAUCAAUGCUUACUCAAUUACAUAAAGGAUUAAAUUUUAAAUAUCCGGUAGCGAAUUAUUAUAGUUAUUUGGAAAAAGAAUGGAAUGAUGUUGCCGAUAAUUCUAUUUUAGAUUCUCAAUCUAAAUUUGAUGAAGUAUCAAAUAAACUUGUUAAAAUUUUAAGAAAUACUGGAAGUUUCAUAAAUGAUCUUGCUGGAAAUGAACCUCUCGCUUUACCACAUACUUUAUGGUUUGGAAUAUUAGAUCUUGCACAAAAUCUUAUACAAAAAUCUACUCAAAAAUCCACACAUGGUCUUUGUUAUUAUUUGGCAAUUGAAUCACUUAAUAGAGCUCCAAGUAGUUUUAUUCAAUUUAAAGCAAUUGAAAUAUUAUUUCAUUUAUAUAAAUUUAAUAAUCAAAUGUUUUCAAUAAUUGAAGUUGAUUUUGGUCAAUACAUUCAAAAAUUAAAUGAAAAUAAUUCAACAAUUGGUUCAUCGGAAAAAUUUCAAAAUUUAUUAACAUUUGUUAAAAACAAGUGUUAUGAUGAUUUUAAUCUAUUAUAUAAUGAUAAUUUAAGAGGAAAGGGAAAAGAAAAAGUAAAAGAGAAGGGAAUAGGAAAUCAAAAUAUACUUUCAUCAACAAAUAAGCAAAUAUCAGAAUCGAUUAAUAUUUUAGAAAUUGUUGCAAAUGAAAUGACUUGUUCAAUUGAUCAUGAACCAACAGAUCAAUUAUGUAUUUUAAAAUGUCAACAUAUAAUAUCAUUUAAUAAUUUAAAAAGAUUAAAACAAAAAAAAUGUCCUAAAUGUCGAGUUAAUAUUGAAGAUAAUGAAAUAAAGUAUUUAUCACAAAAUACUAUUUAUAAAAUUUUAUAUCCACAAUUUUUUGAAGCUGGACAUAUUAUUGAAAUUGAUGAUUCAACGUAUAAACAGUAUAAUAGUGAUUCAGGUGAUUCAGAAGUUGAUCUUAUGUUAACUAAGAAAAAGAAAAUUUUAAAAGCAAAUAUGUCAUUAAAAUCAAUAUUUCAAAUUAGAAAUUCAAAAAAACAACAUUCUAUACUAUAUCAAAGUGCUAUUAAAGAAUUAGAUGUAAGAAAUUAUAAAAAUGCUGAACAUUGGUGUAAAGAAUUUCUUAAAACUUUUCCAGCAAGUUAUUCUAUGAAAUGUAUUUUAGCUUAUACUUAUAGAUGUCUUAAUGAUUAUAAACAAGCACAUUUAUAUAUAAAUGAAGCUAUUAAAUUGAAAGGAAAAAAGUCAAUUGUUUGGUAUAUUCGAGGAGAAAUUCAUUUUAGACAAUGCAAUUAUUAUGAUGCAAUAAGAGAUUUAAAGUCUUCAAUAAAUUAUAAGGCUAAAAUAAAUAAUAUAUAUAUGGUACUUGGAAUUAGUUAUCACAAUAUUAAUAAUAACAAGGUUGCUUUAAAAAAUUUUGAUAUUGUGUUACAAAAUGAUUCUACUAAUUAUUUAUGUCUUAAGUAUUGUGCUUAUAUUUAUGAAAAGCAAGGAAGAUACUUGGAUACUCUAAAGAUGCUGGAUAAAUUGCUCAGUAUUAAUGAGAAAGAUUCAUUAAUUUUAUGUUAUUAUGGAGAAAUUCUGAGUAAAAUUGAGGAGUAUGAUAAUGCUAUAAUAUGGUUUACAAAGGUAGAUAGUAUAGAUCCAGAAAAUGUUCAUAAUUUAACUAAGAGAGCUGUUACAUAUUACAUCCUUCAAGAAUAUGAUAAUGCUUUAUUAAAUUUUAAUAAUAUAAUACAAAUGGAUACUUCAAAUAUUUUAGCAUAUUAUUGUAAAGGAUUAAUAUAUUAUAUGAUGGAAGAUAUUAGUAAUUCUAUGAUAGCAUUUAAAAAAUGCAUUGAAUUAUAUCCUAAUAAUGAUUUAGAAAAAAUGUAUUUGAAAGAUUCAAGAGAUUAUCUCUCCCAAAUUUCCAAAGUUGAUUAUGAUCUAAAGUGGUUAUCAAACUACCAUGAACUUAUUACUAAAAUUAAUCGAUCCACUAAUAUUUAUCAUGAUAAAUCAUUACUUUUUAUGAGGUGUAAAAUAUAUAUUGAAUUAAAAGAUUAUUAUGAAGCAAAAUUAGAUUUAAAUAGACUAUUUGAGUUAAAUGAUGAUAUUUCAUUUGUUUAUCUAUUAAAAAAAUAUUCCGAUUUUUGGUCUUACUUGUGUGAAGAUUAUUUUUCUGAUUUUGUUGAACUUGGAUAUAAUGAUAAAUUUAAUAUUUACAUGUUUAAAGAACAUAAUGUUUAUUUUAUUUCAAAUCUUCAUAAUUUGGUCAAUAAUUAUCAAUUUCAUGAAAGUAAUAUAAACAGUACGUCGGGAUUGGUAUUAUCUUUUAAAGAUAACCAUUUAAGUUUACCCAGAUUGUAUUUUGAUGAUAUAACAUCUCGCAUCAACUGUUAUUACAAUAAUAUAGUUUGGAAAAUAAAUGUCAAAAAAAUAAAUUCACCAGAUGUUUUUAUAAAAUUUAUAAUUGAAAGAAAUAUCUAUGAGAAAAAGGAAUAUUUAUUAAAAUAUGAGGAUAUAUUGGAACUUGAAGGAUUAGGUUGGAUUGAAUAUAUGUCAUUUUUCUCUAUAUACUUGUAUGGAUCAAAAUGGAUACAAUUUUCAAUUGAGACAAAGAAGGAUUCUAUUGAUAUACAAAUAGAUUAUGUUAGAUUUACUAAAUCUACUGAAGGAAAUAACCAUGAAAACCGAAUUUAUUUUCCUAAAAUGGAUCAUUUAUUGCCAUUUCACAUGAAUAAUGUUCCAGAAGCUUUUGAGGACAAGUAUUUUAUAAGAAAAGAAACAGAAAAUCUGCUUGAAUUAAAUGACAUUAUUAGUAACCUAUAAAUUAUAAUUAUUUUUUAUUAAUUU